AGGAAAAAAAGGAGAAAAGAAGAUAGAAAGAGUGACUGGAGUGGAGAAAGAGAGAGAGAGGAAGCGAGCGUUGUAGUUUAGCCUGAACUCUCUGCGAAGCUGCUGUCGACGGGAAAAGAAGUUUGACUCACGGCGACGCUGACCGAGCCACCCUGUUGUUGUUAGCGACCCCCUCCCUGAAAAAAGGCGUCCUGCAGCCACCAUGUCCACCGCGGACGAGUUCCUGUACGUGGACCGCAACGUGGUCAACAACCCGUUGGCGCAGGCCGACUGGGCCACCAAGAAGCUGGUAUGGGUGCCCUCGGAGCGCCUGGGCUUCGAGGUCGGCUCCGUGAAGGAGGAGCGCGGCGACGAGUGCGUGGUCGAGCUGGCGGACUCCGGCAAGAAGAUCCGGGUGAACAAGGACGACAUCCAGAAGAUGAACCCACCCAAGUUCAGCAAGGUGGAGGACAUGGCCGAGCUCACCUGCCUGAACGAGGCCUCGGUGCUGCACAACCUGAAGGAGCGAUACUACUCCGGCCUCAUCUAUACGUACUCCGGUCUCUUCUGCGUCGUCAUAAACCCCUACAAGAACCUGCCCAUCUACUCCGAGGAGAUCGUUGACAUGUACAAGGGCAAGAAGAGGCACGAAAUGCCUCCUCACAUCUACGCCAUCACCGACACGUCCUACAGGAGCAUGAUGCAGGAUCGUGAAGACCAGUCCAUCCUUUGCACAGGAGAGUCUGGUGCCGGUAAGACGGAGAACACCAAGAAGGUCAUCCAGUAUCUGGCUCACGUGGCCUCCUCUCACAAGGCCAAGAAAGACCAGAACAGCUCGAUCCUGUCACAUGGGGAGCUGGAGAAGCAGCUGCUGCAGGCCAACCCCAUCCUCGAGGCCUUUGGCAACGCCAAGACGGUCAAGAACGACAACUCCUCCCGAUUUGGAAAAUUCAUCAGGAUAAACUUUGACGUCAACGGUUACAUCGUCGGUGCCAAUAUUGAAACUUACCUGUUGGAGAAGUCCCGUGCCAUUCGCCAGGCCAAAGACGAGAGGACCUUCCACAUCUUCUACUACCUGCUCACGGGGGCCGGAGAUAAAUUGCGCGAUGAACUCCUCCUUGAGAAUUACAACAACUACCGUUUCCUCUCCAACGGGAACGUGACCAUUCCUGGGCAGCAGGACAAGGACCUGUUUACAGAGACCCUGGAGGCCUUUAAGAUCAUGAGUAUCCCCGAGGAUGAGCAAAUAGGCUUGUUGAAGGUAGUGGCCUCUGUGCUGCAGCUCGGGAACAUGACCUUCAAGAAGGAGCGCCACACAGACCAGGCCGCCAUGCCCGACGACACCACUGCCCAGAAGGUGAGCCACCUCAUGGGCAUGAAUGUCACGGACUUCACCCGGGCCAUCCUGUCGCCCCGCAUCAAGGUGGGCAGGGACUUCGUCCAGAAGGCUCAGACCCAGGAGCAGGCGGAGUUUGCCGUGGAGGCCCUGGCCAAGGCCACCUACGAGAGGAUGUUCCGCUGGCUCGUCAUGAGGAUCAACAAAGCCCUGGACAAGACCAAGAGGCAGGGAGCCUCCUUCAUCGGCAUCCUCGACAUCGCUGGAUUUGAGAUCUUUGAGCUGAACUCCUUUGAGCAGCUGUGCAUCAACUACACCAACGAGAAGCUGCAGCAGCUCUUCAACCACACCAUGUUCAUCCUGGAGCAGGAGGAGUACCAGAGGGAGGGCAUCGAGUGGGUCUUCAUCGACUUCGGCCUGGACCUGCAGCCCUGCAUCGAGCUCAUUGAGAAACCCGCCAGCCCCCCCGGGAUCUUCGCCCUGCUGGAUGAGGAGUGCUGGUUCCCCAAAGCCACGGACAAGAGCUUUGUGGAGAAGGUGCUGCAGGAGCAGGGCACUCACCCCAAGUUCUUUAAGCCCAAGAAACUGAAGGACGAGGCAGACUUCUGCAUCAUCCAUUACGCUGGCAAGGUGGACUACAAGGCAGACGAGUGGCUGAUGAAGAACAUGGACCCCUUGAACGACAACGUGGCCUCACUGCUCAACCAGUCCACCGACAAGUUUGUGUCCGAGCUCUGGAAGGACGUGGACCGCAUCGUGGGUCUGGAUAAGGUGUCCAUGUCCGAAAUGCCCGGUGCCUUCAAGACCCGCAAGGGUAUGUUCCGCACGGUGGGCCAGCUGUACAAGGAGCAGCUGUCCAAGCUCAUGGCCACUCUGAGGAACACCAACCCCAACUUUGUCCGUUGCAUCAUCCCCAACCACGAGAAGAAGGCUGGUAAACUGGAUCCCCACCUGGUCCUGGACCAGCUGCGGUGCAACGGUGUGCUGGAGGGCAUCCGUAUCUGCAGACAGGGCUUCCCCAACCGCAUCGUCUUCCAGGAGUUCCGACAGAGGUACGAAAUCCUCACUCCUAAUGCCAUCCCCAAGGGCUUCAUGGAUGGAAAGCAGGCCUGCGUGCUCAUGAUAAAAAGCCUGGAGCUGGAUCCCAACCUGUUCCGGAUUGGCCAGAGCAAAGUGUUCUUCAGGGCGGGAGUCCUCGCUCACCUGGAGGAGGAGAGAGACAUGAAGAUCACCGACAUCAUCAUCAGUUUCCAGGCCUGGUGCAGAGGCUACGUGGCCCGCAAGGCUUUUGCCAAGCGACAGCAGCAGCUGACUGCCAUGAAGGUGAUCCAGAGAAACUGUGCCGCUUAUCUCAAGCUCAGGAACUGGCAGUGGUGGAGGCUCUUCACCAAGGUGAAGCCUCUUCUGCAAGUCAGCAGGCAGGAGGAGGAGAUGCAGGCCAAGGAGGACGAGCUGGUGAAGGUGAAGGAGAAGCAUCUGUAUGCCGAGCAGCAGCUCCAGGAGAUGGACGAAAAGCAGCAUCAGCUGAGCGCAGAGAAGAUGGCCCUGCAGGAGCAGCUCCAGGCCGAGACGGAGCUCUGCGCCGAGGCGGAGGAGAUGAGAGCUCGUCUGGCCGCCAGGAAGCAGGAGCUGGAGGAGAUCCUCCACGACCUGGAGGCCCGCGUGGAGGAGGAGGAGGAGCGCGCCUCGCAUCUCUCGUCCGAGAAAAAGAAGAUGCAGCAGAACAUCGGAGACUUGGAGCAGCAGCUGGACGAGGAGGAAGCGGCCAGACAGAAGCUUCAGCUGGAGAAGGUCACCUUGGAGUCCAAGAUGAAGAAGAUCGAAGAUGAAGUCAUGGUUCUGGACGACCAGAACGGCAAACUAAACAAGGAGAAGAAGUUGCUGGAGGAGAGGAUCUACGAGUACACCACCAACCUGACGGAGGAGGAGGAGAAAUCCAAGAGCCUGCAGAAACUCAAGACCAAACACGAGGCCAUGAUCACAGACCUGGAGGACCGCCUGCGCAGGGAGGAGAAGCAGCGGCAGGAGCUGGAAAAGAACCGACGCAAGCUGGACGGCGACUUCAACGAGAUCCACGACCAGAUUGCCGAGCUACAGGCCCAGAUUGCAGAGCUCCGCGCCCAACUCGCCAAGAAGGAAGAAGAGCUCCAGGCAGCUCUGGCCAGGAUUGAGGAGGAGGCGGCGCAGAAGAAUCUGGCGCAGAAAAAGAUCCGCGAGAUGGAGGCGCAGCUCUCUGAGCUGCAGGAGGACCUGGACCUGGAGAGGCAGGCUCGCACCAAGGCGGAGAAACACCGCAGGGACCUGGGAGAAGAGCUGGAGGCCCUCAAGACGGAGCUGGAGGACACUCAGGACUCCACCGCCGCUCAGCAGGAACUCCGGUCCAAGCGUGAGACCGAGGUGACUCAUCUCAAAAAGACUCUGGACGACGAAGCCAAGGUUCACGAACAUCAGCUGGGUGAGAUGAGGCAGAAACACGGCCAGGCCUUCGACGAGCUCAACGAGCAGCUGGAGCAGGCCAAGAGGAACAAAGUGUCCAUGGAGAAGGCCAAGCAGGCUCUGGAGUCCGAGAGGAACGAGCUGGCCAUUGAGAUGCAGACGCUGAUGCAGGGGAAGGGAGACUCUGAGCACCGCCGGAAGAAGGCCGAAGCCCAGGUCCAGGAGCUGCUGCUCAAACACUCUGAGAGCGAGCGCCAGAGGCUGGAGCAGGCUGAGAAACUGGCCAAAGUGCAGACCGAACUGGAGAGCGUGACCACCGUGCUGAGUGACCUCGAGGGCAAGUCCAUCAAGGCUACAAAAGACUGCUCUGCUGUGGAGUCCCAGCUGCAGGAUGUUCAGGAACUGCUCCAGGAGGAGACGCGCCAGAAGCUGUCCAACAGCACACGUCUGCGCCAGCUGGAGGACGAGCAGAACAACCUGAGGGAACAGCUGGAGGAGGAAGAGGAGACCAAGAGGAAUGUGGAGAAGCAUCUGCAAACCGUUCAGGCUCAGCUUCUUGAAAUGAAGAAGAAGUUCGAGCAGGAUGCCGGUUGCCUGGAGAGCGCCGAGGAGGGCAAGAAGAGGCUCCAGAGGGACCUGGAGGGGCUGAGCCAGCGCAUGGAGGAGAAAUGCUCCGCCUUCGAGAAGCUGGACAAAACCAAGACGCGUGUCCAGCAGGAGCUGGACGACCUGCUGGUCGACCAGGACCACCUGCGGCAGAUCGUCUCCAACCUGGAGAAGAAGCAGAAGAAGUUUGACCAGAUGCUGGCCGAGGAGAAGAACAUUUCUGCCCGUUACGCAGAGGAGCGAGACAAGGCUGAAGCCGAGGCCCGCGAAAAGGAUACCCGGGCCCUGGCGUUGACCCGCGAGCUGGACUCCAUGAUGGACAUCAAGGACGAAGUGGACCGCAACAACAAACUGCUGCGGGCCGAGAUGGAGGACCUGGUGUCCUCGAAGGACGACGUCGGCAAGAGCGUCCACGAGCUGGAGAAGGCGAAGCGUGCCAUGGAGCAGCAGCUGGAGGAGAUGAAGACUCAGCUGGAGGAGCUGGAGGACGAGCUGCAGGGCACGGAGGACGCCAAGCUGCGUCUGGAGGUCAACAUGCAGGCCAUGAAGGCCCAGUACGAGAGAGACCUGUCGGGAAGGGACGAGAUGGGCGAGGAGAAGAAGAGGGCGCUGGUCAAACAGGUGCGGGAGAUGGAGAUGGAGCUGGAGGAUGAGAGGAAGCAGCGCUCCGCCGCCGUGGCCGGACGCAAGAAGCUGGAGCUGGACCUGAAGGAGCUGGAGGCGGGCAUCGACAUGGCCAACAAGAACCGUGACGAGGCCCUGAAACAGCUGAAGAAACUCCAAGCCCAGAUGAAGGAUCUCAUCCGGGAGCUGGAGGACACUCGCAUGUCCAGAGAGGAGAUCCUGGCUCAGAGCAAGGAGACGGAGAAGAAGCUGAAGGGCAUGGAGGCCGAGAUGAUCCAGAUGCAGGAGGAGUUGGCCGCCGCAGAGCGAGUGAAGAGACAGGCCCAGCAGGAGAGAGACGAGCUGCAGGAUGAGAUCAACAACCAGGCCACCAAGAAUGCUCUGGUUGCGGAGGAGAAGAGACGGCUGGAGGCUCGCAUCGGUCAGCUGGAGGAGGAGCUGGAGGAGGAGCAGUGCAACACGGAGCUGACCAACGACAGGCUGAAGAAAGCAGUGCUGCAGACUGACCAGAUGAACGUGGAGCUGACUGCAGAGCGCAGCACCUGUCAGCGGGUGGAGGGGGCUCGGUGCCAGCUGGAGCGUCAGAACAAGGAGCUGAAGCUGAAGCUGCAGGAGCUGGAGGGGAUGGUCAAGUCCAAGUACAAGGCCAACAUGGCCUCCCUGGAGUCCAAGAUUGUUGCGCUGGAGGAACAGCUGGACAUGGAGACCAGGGAGAGGCAGGGUGCCACCAAGCUCGUGAGACGCACCGAGAAGAAGCUGAAGGAAGUCAUCCUGCAGGUGGACGACGAGAGACGCAACACGGAGCAGUACAAAGACCAGAUGGACAAGUUGAACUCCCGCAUGAAGCAGCUGAAGCGUCAGCUGGAGGAGGCUGAGGAAGAGGCUCAGAGGGCCAACGCCAACCGCAGGAAGCUGCAGAGGGAGCUGGAGGACGCCACGGAGUCGGCCGACGUCGUGAACCGCGAGGUCACCACCCUUAAGAACAAGCUCAGACGUGGCGACUUCCCCUUCACCGUGCGCCGCACCGUCACCCGCGCGGGCAUCGAAAGCGACGAGGACAGCGAGCCCAAGAGCGAGACCCCCGAGCCCAAACCCGAAUGAAGCGCCACAGUGCCACUCGACUCCUUUUUAGAACUGCAUCACGAAUAGGCCGAUCCAAAACACACACAUAUUACUGCACCUGCUGACAAUCUAUGCAUUCGUACAUACAGGAGCCAGUAAACUCGGACAAUCGCCAUGCUGACAAACGUUAUGUUUUUUGUGGGGGAGGGCCCAAAUUUCUUUUGGUUUGCUUCAUUUUUUUUUUUUCAUUCUCUGGGGAAAAAAAAUAAUAUUUUUGUAAGGAAACAUUCCAGGUAUAAUAGUCCUGAUUUUGGGAUCUAUUUUUCUAAUUGAAGCAGGAGGAAAACAAAGAAAGAAGUAUACAUAGAUGAAGACGGAUUACUGGAAGGGGACCAAAGUAAUAUCUCAAUCUAUAGAAUUGUAUUUUAUGCCGAAGUUUUUUUUCUUCUUAUUAUUAUUUGAAUGGAAGUGCUUCAUGUUUUUUAUGCUAGCGCUCUCGCUUCAGUUUAUAAUGAAGGUUUAUAUGCGGGAAUGUAUCUUAUCAAUCUUGCUGCAGUUAGUACUCGUGACUACGCUUCUUGGGCUUAAUAAUAUUAUACACACACAUUUCUUUUGCAAGAACGAAAUUGGAGGCAGACUUCCAGUAACCCAGUCGGAGACUCAUCGACUCAUAACUGAAGGCAUUUUGAUUGUGACUGUGCGGAAAUAUCUUAAUUUUGCACUGAGUUGAGAAAAACUAACGAAAAACACUUAUGCCUCGACAUUAUAAACCACUGCGUUUGUGUUUUCAUCGACACGUUGACGGAGAAGCUUGGAAGUUUUGUAAAGCCUUGUGCACACGCUCAUCCAGUAAGCGCGCAGACUGCCGACACACACUAAGGCCUUAAACGCAGCUGAAUUCCACUCGGCGGGGUUUUGUUGGCUUUUGUUUCUUUUCCUGGACAUGAAUUUAUUCUGUUUUCUUUUCUUUUUUAAAAACAUUUAUUAUCACUAUCUGUGGUCAAAUGGGGUGAUGGGGUAGUCUAUUACUCGCAGCACACACUGUAUUCUCAGAGCACAGCUUGUUGAGGAGGAGCUUGGGGGGGGUUGGAGGGAGUCGUACUUCUAUCACUGUAACCGAUGUACACUGUACUCUGGCUGACGAUGUAUAAGAUGAGCGGUUUCACAGAGGUGCGAGCGCUCCCUCGCAGGCUGUGCUCGGGGGCUGCUUUCGGCUCACACUGCUGGGAAGUGGGAGGAAUGUGUUGUUAAAGGAUAACUGCUCAGAUUUUAAACAACAACAAAAAUAUCUCUUUCGCACUUGAAAAUCAACGGAAAUCCCCCAAAAAAGAAACUGCAUCUCAAUUAUUAUGUAAUGUUUUGUCUGUCUGCACCUCUGGAAUGGAAAAUCAUGUUGGUAUUAUUGCAAUUAAAAAGGCUUUCUAAACCGCUA